UUGGUUCACACCGACGCACAAGGCCUGUAGUUUGAAAGCUGUCUGGGGCCCUGGCGAAGAGUACCGCUAGCCGCACACACCGCGAACAAAGUUACGAUAUGUUUUUGAAAUAAAUUCAAGGAACAGUGGAGCCGCUUCGCCCGGAAACUACUUCUGGACCACGCGGCCGCCGUGAGGGGAGCAACGACCCGGCGAGAUACGCGGACGCGGGCGCGUGUUUUUCUUCCCAACAGCAUUUUGUUGUAUCUCAUCUCGUCUCGAGUUGCAUUGAACUCCACGCAGUCCGACGAAAGCUAGCUUGGCGCUAGCUGGCAAACUCGCGUGCCAUUCACUUCCUUGUUGCACAGAGUGCGAUGGGAGGCGAGGAGAAGUUAUUGGAGCGGAGACGGAGUUGUUUCACUUCGACUUUAAACAUAGCUGGUUAAUGGAUGUACAUGUUUGCACGAGCUGCAACGGUGCAGGGGAACUGGAUUUUAAAUGUAGAGGGGCUUUGGGCCUUUGACCAUGAAGUGGAAUGCGACUGUCUAGCUGGACACGGUGAGCUAUUGGAGGCUAAGUGGCUAAACCAUUAGCUAGCGAAACUGAACAAUUUCCGUCCCGGAGUACAACGGUUGAGUACCAACUGGCUCUAUAACUAAACUGCUUAUUGUGGAUUUAAUGUGGCGGAAUCUACAUGCGCCAAGUGUCAUGUAAUAGCUACCAUAACUGACUUUUCUUGAAUCUGAUGCGAGCUAGCUUUGUAAUGCUAAUGUUGAGCUUUUUUGAUUUAGCUCGCUAGCUAGUCUUUAAAUGUGAAUGUGCUGUUAGCUAACUAGCCUGUCAACGUAACAUUGGUGGCCCAAUGUUUAGUUCCACGACACCCCAGGGAACAUAGUUUAAGUAUAACAAUAUAAAUAUACAGAUUUAUUCUCAACGUGGCUCUGGGGUUCAUUUAGUAGAUAGAUGCCUAAUUCAGAGGUGCUGCGUGAGGGUCGGGGUCGGAGCCCCUCUGCUCAGAGAAAUGCUAACAGGCAGGACAGGCGUAGUAAACCGGGGAGCGGUGGUGCUGCUGCUGCUGCUCAGCGAGAAAGACACCGCGAGAAGAGUCGGUCGUCGGCUUCUGGGAGGAAGAAACGCAGGCCGACCAAGGGGAGAGACGCGUGGCCCGCGGGUGCAAAAGGAGACCCUGACGGUGACCGAAAGGGCACGUUUGACAAAGACGCCGAACUUCGGACAUUGGUAGAGUAUGACGACGUGAGCUCCCAGUCGGAGCGAUUCUCCGGCAGCCCCUCUCCAAAGCUCGACCGACUCAGCGAUGGGGACCUCGGCGACUAUAAUGGACCGGCUUCCCCGGAGCGAAGUCACCCGAGAGACCGGGAGGCGGUGUGCGUCGGCAAAGACGCGCAUACACCACGAGGACCAUCCGAGAAGAGCAAGCAAGAGAAGGAGCCGAGCAAGAAGAAGGAUCGCCAGAGCCGCGAGAGAGACUCCUCGAAAGUUAGGAGUGGAGGAGGUAGCCUUGGUGGCUCUAAAAAUCCCAGAGACACUGCAAGGAGCAAUGACAGGAAUGGCAAAAGGACAUCUUCAGCCCAGUCCUCGCAAUCUGUAGAUAAGAAGGAUUCAAAAGGGCAGAAAAGUAAAACGCGAUCUGACAAGGAGACCCCAUCUGCAUACAGAGAUGCUCCACAAUCGUACAGAGAUGAGCGGGAAGACCUCAGGCCGUACAAGAAAAGUCCUGGUUUCAAAGCGGAAAGUCCCUAUGGGACGUCCCAUUCGUACAACUACCAGUCUCCUGGUGGUUAUAACCAGCAAAUAUCUAGAAGAAGUCCGACCUAUGGGAGCAAAAGACUCUCUCCCAGUUCCACAUAUUACAGCCGGGAUGGAGAUGGGUACGGGGCAUACGGUGUGUCCAAGUCACCCAGUUCAUACUCCAGCAACAAAAGGAAGCGGUCCCCAACGAGCCCAGCGAACUGGCGCAGGUCCCCGAGUUACGGCCGACACAGUCCGAUUGAACAAGGAGAGUUCGCUUCAAGUCCUUAUGGAAACCGCAGGAGAUCACGAAGUCCAUACAGAAAGUCCCAUAGCCAUAGUCCAGAUGUCAGGCGCUCUGCUCGAUCACGGAGCAGGAGUCCAUAUUCAUCCACGAGACAUUCGCGCUCUCGUAGCCACCACCGCCACUCUCGCUCCCGCAGUCGCCCCUCUAGCCUCUCGCCGAGCACGCUCACCUUCAAAACCAGUCUUGCUGCUGAACUCAGUAAGCAGAAGAAGGUAAAAGCUGCAGCAGCAGCCAAGGCCAAGAUCUCCAGCAACACAUCUACUCCAACCAAGGGUUCCUCAUCGGCUCCUCAGCCCAGCCCUAAAUCCAAUCACGCACUCAGAAAGGGCCGCCCUCCCUCUCCACCGCCACCAGAGAAAGGUCCCAGAACCCCCCCGUUGAGCUUGCCCCAGUCCCCCUCUGACAGGUCGGCCAAGAGGACCACUGAGCAACCGACCAUUAGAGAUGGAAAGGGGAAAGAUGACGCCGUACAUCGAGACAAAAGGAAAGCACCAGUCGCUGGUCAGAGCAAAGACAAGGAGCGAGCCACGGCUCCACUCAUCUCCACUCUAUCAUCCCUCCCGGUUCCCCUAACGGUUCUUGAGCACAUGACUAAAGGAGAAAGCUUGAAGGACAGCUUGCUCUCAGGGAAGAAAAAGUUGGAGAGAAAGGCCCGUCAGCUUCUUUCCGACUUGCCCCUCCCCCCCGAACUUCCCGGUGGCACGUCUUCCCCGCGCAGCCCACCCGACGACAAAAAGUCCCAAACUCUUCGCCGAAGACCAAAAAUCUGUGGGCCAAGAUACGGCGAGAUUAAGGAAACCGAGAUAGAUUGGGGCAAACGCUGUGUGGAUAAAUUCGAGAUUAUUGGAAUCACAGGGGAAGGCACCUACGGUCAGGUGUACAAAGCUAAAGACAAAGACACCGCUGAAAUGGUGGCUUUGAAGAAAGUUCGUCUGGACAACGAAAAGGAGGGCUUCCCAAUCACCGCCAUCAGAGAGAUUAAGAUUUUGCGACAGCUCAACCACAAGAGCAUCAUAAACAUGAAGGAGAUCGUCACAGACAAGGAGGAUGCUCUGGAUUUCAAGAACGAUAAAGGCGCUUUCUAUCUUGUAUUCGAAUACAUGGACCACGACCUGAUGGGUCUGCUGGAGUCUGGCCUGGUCCAUUUCAACGAGAGCCACAUCAAGUCAUUCAUGAGACAGCUGCUGGAGGGCCUCGACUACUGCCACAAGAAGAACUUUCUGCACAGAGACAUCAAGUGCUCCAAUAUUUUGCUCAACAACAAAGGUCAAAUAAAGCUUGCAGACUUUGGACUUGCUCGGCUUUAUAACUCUGAAGAGAGUCGACCAUACACCAAUAAAGUGAUUACACUAUGGUACCGCCCCCCAGAGCUCCUUCUGGGAGAAGAGAGGUACACGCCGGCUAUUGAUGUGUGGAGCUGCGGAUGCAUUCUUGGAGAACUGUUCACAAAGAAACCAAUCUUUCAAGCAAAUCAGGAGCUUGCUCAGUUAGAGCUGAUCAGCCGAAUAUGUGGCAGCCCCUGUCCUGCUGUCUGGCCUGAUGUAAUCAAACUUCCCUUCUUCAACACCAUGAAACCAAAGAAACAGUACAGGAGACGGCUACGAGAGGAGUUUGCUUUCAUCCCUCCGUCUGCCCUGGACCUGUUUGACCACAUGUUAAACUUGGACCCCAGCAAACGCUGCACAGCCGAACAAGCGCUGGGCAGCGAGUUCCUCAAGGACGUGGACCCGGACAAGAUGCCCCCGCCAGAUCUUCCACUGUGGCAGGACUGUCACGAGCUGUGGAGUAAGAAACGCCGGCGGCAGAAGCAGAUGCCAGAGGAAGUGGCGGCCCCUAAGGCGCCCCGCAAAGAGCUGGGCCUUGACGACAGCCGCAGUAACACCCCUCAGGGCUUCCCGGCUCCCGGGGGUAUUAAAGCUCAGAAUACGUCUGCUUCUGCACUGCUGGACCAAAAGGCCCCGAACUCCCAGUUAACCCAGGAGCAGCUGGCCGUCCUCCUGAACUUCCUCGGCCAGCCCAAGAGUUCCAUGAACACGGCCCAGUUUGUCCAGUCCAUGGGCUCAAAGGUCAAUCAGGAAACAUUACAGCAGCUCUCCAAAGUCCUGGCGCCCCCUGACCCAGCUGAGCCUCCCCCUCAACCCACGCCGGCGAAGCCUCCCCAGCCCGCUGUGCCCGCCGGCGUGCCCCGUACACCCCCUAUGCCCAAGCCUCCCUCGCCCCCCAUGUCUGCACCGUCGGGUAUCCCAGAAGGUGAGGCCGCCGCUGCCACGCAGACGGCCAUGACGAUGCUGCUGGCCCAGCUCCUCCAGGCUCAGCAGGCUCCGAGGCACGAGCCGAGUGACGGUGGUGAAGGGGCAGAGGGUACCAACCCUGCUGGAGCAGCAGCACCUGGGGGGCAGCCUCUACCUCCAGAGGUCAAACAGCCUCCAGAGCCCAGCCCGGUUUCUCCAGUGUCUGAAGUGGGUGGUGUGUCCAUCCUGCCCCCAAACCAGAGACCACCAGAGCCUCCCGAGCCACCUCCACAUGCUGACCUGGACUACCGGCAGCCUCCACCUGAACCUAAGACUGGCCACGCGCCACCUAUUGCAUCUGCAGGUGGAAGUGAUGGUGGGAGACCGCCAGAGCCAGACUACCCACCUCUCCCCACUGCUGAGGGGCCUGGAUACGGCGGAGACUACAUCCACCCGCCUCCGCCACUCUUUACUCCUGCAGGGUUUGGGGAAGGUUACAUGGGUCACAUGUUAGGCGGGGGACUGCCCCCUCACGCUCUGAGAGAAGUGUUUAGUGGACACCGGCCGGCUGCUGGCUCCUCAUCCGCCGCAGGCCACCCGGACCCCUUCCCCCGGGGCCCUGGAGCCACCAGACCCAGCAGCAUGGUGUUCACCGGGGACCAGGACCACCGUUUCAACUACAAUCACAGCCCGUUACCUGUGGAGGGACAGCCCAACCCCAGCGCUAUCCACCUGUACAACCAUGCCUUGGCUAGAAAGGAUGGUGGCCCACCUCCAGGACAACCCUGGGGCUCCCCUUCCCAAGUGGGGGCUCCGCCGCUACCCCUCGGCUUUGUCCCACAUGUGAACUCGACGGCAACAAUCAGGGGACGAGGCCUGCCUUUCUGAAAGACUGGAAGUGGCGGUUUGUGACGUUGGACAAAAGGUUAGAGGACUCGGCUCUGAGCCCGAAGCCUCUCGGGCCCCGACCCAGAGGGAUCUGGAGAUGCACACUCGGUUUGUAAUAACUUAAGUUUGUGUCAUGCUUUGUAUUCCUCCUCAGUCUGGAAUGUGGAGUACGUUGCAGAAGGACAGCCGAAUAACACCGGAGGAGCUUUUCUCGCUCAUACCAUUUUCCUAUUUUUUUGUAAUCUAUUCUGCUGUCUUUUAAAUUAAACUUUUGUGUGUACAUUUAUCAGUCCGGCUACAUUUUAAAUCUACCCUUUUUUUUUUUUUUUAAGCCUUUCUGUAAUUGCUCCAGAACAGACUAGUAUUAAUGUUUUUUGCACUACUGACUGAAGUAGGCGUAAACUAUUUUAGCUAUGAAAAGGAAAUUGAUGUGCUUUAUCUGCACAAUUAGGAAUAUGACCUUUUUUUAAUGUAGUGUCCUCCUUUAUUACGGCCGUUAUUAUGUUGAAGCAACGGUGGCUCAGUUGACGGCGUGCGUGCGGGCACGGGGAGCUCUUUGAGGAAUAAGGACCAUUAGUUCCAGACCGGCUGGCAGCACACGGGACGACUUCAUGGCGAAAGGCUGUUCUCAUUUUAAAUUCCACAUGCCUUUCUUUUGACAAUAAGGUGUUGUAAAAAAAGGAAAAAUACACACAGUAAAAACAAAA